AAACACCGCCCUCUGGCCAUUCGACUUAUACGGAAGGGCCCUUCAAAACGCAGUCAUGGACCUGAGCCCGAAGCAAGGUGGUGCUGAUGGAGGGGUAGAUGGCGAACUGGAAGAUCCGAAUCAGCUGGAGGUACCACUUUACAAAACCACUUUACAAACUCAACCCCCAUUCAAUGCCCACGAAGGUGAAGUAAGCAAAGCUAAUCAUGCACGAAUGCAUCCGCAUAGGUCGUUCUGUACCCGGAGUCCAGCCACCGCCGGAAGUCGUCCCUGGUCAUGGCAGACGACCCCAACACCCGACCGAACCUGUCGUUUCCAGAUGAAACCACCGCAUGCUUCGUACAUUCCCUUAUCGCGGGCGAAUGGGGGGACCCGACUAACCGGAUCAAAGAGAUCAAAGGCUACACCGUCAAGGACAACGAGGCGCUGAACGACGAGGGCAGCUCCGACGACACCGAGAACGACAUGACCGUGGCCGAGAAGGCCAUGAUGCAGUCGCGCCACCUGACGAAGAAGCAGCUCUCAGACAUGGCCUGGAACGUGCGCAAGCUGUCCAAGAAGCUGGACAGCGUCAAGCUGCGCCUCACCGUCAAGACCGUCUUUCUGGUGACCAAGGCCGGCGACCAGUCGGUGAUCGGCUCGACGAGAGAGGUCGCCCGCUGGCUUCUGUCCAAGGAGCGCGACACGCCGUAUGUAGUCUACGUGGAGAAGCGCCUGGAGUCCGACCCGGAGUUUGGCGCCGCGCAGCUGCUCCGCGAUGAGCCCUCGGCCAAGAGUCGACUCAAGUACUGGGAUCAUAAGCUGGCGGCGGAGCGAGCGCAUCUGUUCGACUUCGUGAUCACGCUGGGCGGCGACGGCACGGUGCUGUUCACGAGCUGGCUGUUCCAGCACGUCGUGCCCCCGGUGCUAUCCUUCUCCCUGGGGUCGUUGGGCUUCUUGACCAAGUUCGACUUCAAUGACUACCAGAACACCCUGACCACCUCCUUCAAGGAGGGCGUCGUGGUCAACCUGCGCCUGAGAUUCGAGUGCACCAUCAUGAGGAGUAACCCGCUACCGGACGGUUCGCCGGCGAACGCCAGCAAGCGGGAUCUGGUGGAAGAGUUGAUCGGCGAAGAGGCAGAGGAUACAUUGACCCAUAGGCCUGACAAGGUCCUACAGAUACUGAACGAUGUCGUUCUGGAUCGUGGGCCCAACGCAACAAUGUCCUCGAUUGAGCUGUUCGGGGACGACGAGCACUUCACGACGCUCCUUGCAGAUGGCGUUUGUAUAGCUACGCCUACCGGGUCAACCGCAUAUAACCUAGCAGCUGGGGGUUCCUUGUCGCAUCCGGACAAUCCAGUUAUAUUGGUCACCGCUAUUUGCGCGCAUACAUUGUCGUUUAGACCUAUUAUACUACCCGAUACCAUCGUUCUUCGCAUGGGGGUGCCGUACGACGCCAGAGCCAGUUCGUGGGCCAGUUUUGAUGGCAGGGAGAGGAUUGAGUUACAUCCCGGAGACUACGUGACAGUCUCGGCAUCCCGAUACCCCUUUGCCAAUGUUUUGCCAAAGGGUCGACGGGGUGACGACUGGGUACAUACGAUUUCGAAGACACUGAAUUGGAAUUCGAGACAGAAACAAAAGUCUUUGGACCCGCCACAUGAGGACAAAGCUGGGAAAUGAGGGGUGCCUGCAAAGCCGAUCUGCUUAGCUACUGGUUUAUGGAACAAGCGACAAAGAUACUCGGUCACAUAUGGGGGAUUUUUUUGUGCGGCGUUUGGCUACAAUGGAGGUUGCACAAACUAUUGAAGGACUCUCACACUCACUGUAUAAACGACUAUCAGUCCUAGAUUUAUCUCAUGUAAUAGGUUACAACAAAUGCCGGGCGACAGGUUUCUAUGAGUAAUGGCCAACGAAUUGAACGUCCUUUUAUUGGGUUGUGGAG